GGCCGCCGGUAAUAGUAAGUAGUGUGUCUCCGCGGGUCUACGAAAUACGUGCGCCGCACAGGUGUUCGCGCUGCUACCACGGUAAUAUUACACAUCAUAAUAUAUUAUAUUGUACGUACGCGUAUACUAUUUUAUUAUCAAUAUAAUAUAAUAUUUAAAACUAUAUAUAUUAAAUACAUCGGUUUUAAGUACUCACUGUCGAUUUAUCUGUAAGAUUUUAUCGUAGGCCAAUUCCGCAAACAGUGCACAAGACAUCGUUUCUGUCGGGGUUUCCGAUUUUUUUUUUUUUUGAGACUAUCCCCGACAUCCGCCGCGUCAAGCUUGCGAUCUCGCGAUCCGUUUCGAAUCCGUCUCCUUUCUGCGGUCAUCCGCGUCGCGAUAUCCGUGUGGUCGUCAUCUCGCAAGCCGCAGCCCGCGCGUAAUGUGCGACCGGCGACGUGCGGAAAACCACUAAACGAAAAGCCGAUACACUGCACACGUGUGACACGGGGAAUAUGAUCGUUUUCGGGAGCCGACAAAACGUUUGAUCGAGGCACAAGCAACCAGCUUCGUUACAGUUUGUCGCCACUCGUACCACCGGGUACCGCCGGAUACGAUAUCACCGACGUCGUCGCCGUAACUGUACUACCGGCUUGAAUCAGUGAUGCUAGAGAUGGGUGACAAAACCGCCGCCGUAUGGACCGCUUGGUGGAUCCUCACAUUUUCUUUGGUGCAGAAUGUUGUAACCGUAGGCGGAGGUGGAGGUGGUGGCGGUAACAGCGAUAUUUGGCCGCUGGAGAGGCCCGACGGCAUGCCAGUGAUUCAGUCAUUGGAGGUGAUGUGUGGCAAGGAUCACAUGGACGUGCACUUACAGUUCACGCAACCCUUCGAAGGCAUCGUGUCGUCAAAGGGCCAGUACGCGGACCCGCGUUGCGUGUACGUGCCGCCGUCCACCGGCAAAACGUUCUUCACGUUCCGCAUAGCGUACGCGCGAUGCGGCACCAAACCUGACCUUAACGGUCAGUUCUAUGAAAAUACUGUGGUCGUCCAGUACGAUAAGGACUUGCUGGAAGUUUGGGAUGAGGCCAAGAGGUUGCGGUGCGAGUGGUACAAUGAUUACGAGAAGACCGCGUCCAAACCACCCAUGGUCAUCGCCGACCUGGAUGUUAUACAGUUGGACUUCAGAGGUGAUAACGUCGAUUGUUGGAUGGAAAUACAACACGGAAAAGGACCAUGGGCUCCACCAGUUAGCGGUAUAGUGCCUUUGGGUUCUACGUUAACACUAGUAGUAGCCAUAAAUGAUUAUAGAGGCGAGUUCGACAUGAGAGUGAAGUCUUGCGCAGCAUCCGAUGGAGGCGGGCACGUCAUACAGCUGACUGACGACCAGGGAUGUGUGUUAAGACCGAAAAUGAUUAGUGGGUUCCUGAAAGCUAGAACUUCAGACGAAAGGGCGUCUGUCAUUACUUAUGCGUUCUUCCACGCCUUCAAAUUCCCAGAUGCACUUAGUGUGCAUAUCCGAUGCAAGGUAGAAAUCUGCCGACACGGUUGCCUGGACCACUGCCAAACAGACGAACGUAUAUCAGCCGGACAUUUACUUCACCAACAGCAACAACACCAGCAACACCAGCUCCAGUACGGACCAGUUGAUAGGAAGGACCAACAGAACGAUAGGGCGGACUACAUCCAAACGGUCGUAGUCAAUACGGAUCAACCGAAUGCUCAAGCGCAGAUCCAUACUCCAUUCGAUACAACCAGUCACAACAAACCGUUACCAGGUCAAAACAAGGAGACAUUGAACCGGGACGGGUUCCCGCACGGGCCACGAAACCUGGACGACGGCGUGGUCGAGCAAUCGACGGACGACGACGAAAAGCAACUGCCGGCCGCGACGCCGUCGUCCUCCGACAACGCGACCGCGACCGACGAACAGACGGCCGCGGGCUUGGCGCAGCUGCAGCAGAGGCGCCGGCGCCGGCGUUCAAUGAACGUGUCGGACGCGGGCAACGCGGACGUGGGCGUCAGCGGGCUGUACGACGUCAUCUCGCAAUCGGACCUGGCGUUCACGCCGGACACCAAGACGGACAGCGAGGCGGUGACCAUAUUCCAGGGCAGGAUCCGCGAGGACGUGGUGUACGGCAUAUGCAUGCCGGUUCACGGGUUCGGCGCGCUGUUCGUCAUGUUCGCCGGUUCGGCGAUCGUGUCCGUCGUGGUGGCCGGGUUCCAGUUGCACAAGUACCAGGUGAGGCGGGAGACGCAAAAGAUGAUGUCCGUCCAGGCCCAUCAGCACAGCGUGGCCGCGGCCGCGGCCGCCGGCGGCGGUUACAUCCACAACUCGCUGGCCGGCAUCGUGGCGCUGAACAAGCUGAUCGCGUCCAAGACGACCGCCGCCGCCGCCGCCUCCCAGACCAGACGAAACAGCUAAUCGACUACUAUUAAUAAUAAUAAUAAUAAUAAUGAUAUUACUUACUAUCUAUAUUAUAUUAGGUAUAUACGUACUACCACUACUAUACUACGACGAGACACGAUGACGACCGUCACGAUCUUUUGCUACAUAAAUCACUCGAUCGUCGUAAUCAUUUUUUUCAAUUAUCAUUAUCGUCAUCGUCAUCAUCGUCGGUAACGUCGGUGCGCAUUUAUCAUAGAGUUUGUGAGGCUAAACCGAUGGAAGUGAAAUACAGUUUGAUUGUUUUUUUCUUUUUACUUAUACCCAUCGCCAAACUGGACAGAGAAAUAUAUUUUCAUUGAUCUUUGUUCUGCAGUUUCAUUUCUAGAUGAUUACACCUACAUACUAAUUCACUAAUUAAUAUUCGUAGCCGGGCUGUAUUUCAGAGUGAAAA